UCCAACGAGACCAAACCAUUCCGAUUUACCGCAGUCACCGGCUGUCCGCUCUGUACACCACACCGUCGUCACUUUUACCAAUAUCCACAGUACAACGUGAUCACUCUAUUAUUUUUCAUCAAUUAUUUGUUAUUUAUCCUGAUUCGUGAUCUUGUGAUUCACCCUAUCGAACUUCUCUCUGAUAACAUUCGUUCUGGAUAAUUGUUAUAAAUCAUCGAUCGAGAUAUGAUAGGGAGUCGAUGUACGUGCAAGUUCAAUUUUUAUUAGAGGUUUCCAUCGAGAGAUACCAAACCAACUGCCAGGUGAGAUGUGGAAGCGCGUGCGUUUCCUCAUCCUGGCGGCAGUUGUAAUCGCUAAGAUUCACUUGACCAACAGCCAAAAUCCUCGACUCGGUGGUGCCAUAAAUGUCUUCAGUCGUUACGGCUACCUGAGCAUAAGUAUGCGAGUUGUACCUCGAAAUGAAUCAGACAGGUGGAUAUUUCGUGAGCCAACACUGGACGUCUUCCAAAAUCCACCAUCCCAGCCCCUCAGACCACGUGGGAAAAGCCCAACAGUAUUCGAGGGUGACUUUCACAUGGAGUUCUGCGACAAUUUGAGACAACUCCUGCAGGCUUACUUCCGUGAUUUCUCCUUCGAGAGACUGGACAGACCCUGGAGGGCAUUCACAGCUAGUUGGUCAACAGCUGCCAUAGCAAGGAAUUUUGGCAUCAACUCGUCAUUCAUCACUGGGGACCACUGUUACGUGUUAGUGAGGGUCGCCAGAUUCAGGGAUACCCAGAAGCUCACCAUAUCCCCUGAAAAUCUCAUCCUGGACGAGACUGUCGCCAAGGAGACAGAUAAUGUCGCCAUCAAUGACACUGUCAGCGUUAUUAAGUUUAUUAAAAACUUUGGCUCACACUAUAUCUCGUCAUUCGUCACUGGAAAUUCACUCUAUCAGGUAUUCGUUUAUACACCUUCAGUGUAUCAGCUGAUCAAAGAACGACUGAAGACACGUGGUGUUGCUGAAUUGUCGAGUCUUGAGUUGCGUAAUUACUUCUCACCUUGGUACGCUAAGCACAUCGGUGCCAUACAAUCAGCCAGUGGCAAUAAAUCAGUGGAGGCAUGGGCCAUUGAUCGUCUACGUGUGCAGUACUACGUAUUCACGUAUCCAAGCCUCUUGAAGCUUCAUGGUGAUGCCAGUUUGCUCAGGCAGCUCGAUGGUUUGCUCGAUAAUGAGGCACUGCUUCAACUCGAAUUGCGCACCUUAGCACCACUCUUCAAGGAUUCCGAGAGGCGCCAUUGGUUCCUCGAGGCCAUCGAUAAUUACUUCAAAUUGUGGGAGGUCAACAUGUGAUGUGAUGGAGUUUAUCACUGUGAUAUGAUGGGGGGCUUUCCAUGUUUCCCCAUACUGUGAGAAACUUCAGUGAAUGUGGGAACUCGAGGACUAUUACUCUGUGAUGAUCUCGGUGUCAGACUGAAUGCAAUUACUGAACUCAAGCUCAUUUCUCAUUUUUAAGAGAAAAACAAACACCAAGUGCUCAUCCCCCUCCCCCCUCCUGCCCCUCGUCAUUUCUAUUAUUUACCAACGAGCGUGUAAUCUGUUAUUGUUAUAAAUAAGUAUUUAUUAUAUAAUCGUUAAUAGGAAAACAUUUUAUACAAACGUUUUAUUUGUUAUUAUUCAUAUCACAAGCGUUACUUAUUCUGUUGAAUUUUUAUCGAGUGAAUUGUGCGUGUUAUUGCAUUCUCGAAUCGAUUUUUGACAUUUUCACAUUUCACUCGUUAAUUAAUUCUCCUAUUUUUUGAUUCAAUUAUUUUUGUUGAUAAAUAAGUCAUGUCUUUCGCUCCUUCUAACAGACGAAUAAUCCUUUAUUUUUUCAAGCCUAACUCGUCAGUUGAUUGCCAUCUUUUCCGUGGGGCGUAAUUGAAU